GCGGGUGUGGAUGAACGCGCGUGCGCAGGAAGCCAAACCCAAAGACAGCAUUCCCCCGGUCUCUGUCCCUCGCGCAGUGCGGGGCCGGGAUGGCGUCGGACCAGGACGUGUCCAGCCUGGCUGAGGACCUGCUGUGCCCCAUCUGCCUCUCCCUCUUCCGGGAGCCCCGCAUGCUGGAGUGCGGGCACAGCUUCUGCGCCGCCUGCCUGGAGCCCUGCGUCCCCCGGGGGCAGCGGCGUGGGCUGUGCCCCGAGUGCCGGCGCCCCUUCGCCCUGCGCAGCGUGGCCACCAACUGGGCCCUGCGCAGUCUGGCUGAGGAAGCCCGGCUGCUCAAGCUGGACCAGGGGGCCCCAGCGGGAUCAGGGAGGACCACAUGGUCCAUUUGCCCCGAGCACCAGGAACCCCUCAAACUCUUCUGCUGCCAGGACGAGGGGCCCGUCUGCGUGAUCUGCCGGGACCUGCCCCAGCACCGGGGCCACGACUUCCUGACCGUCGCAAACGCCGUCCAGAAAUACCAGGACAAGCUCACGGCAUCUUUGGCCCCCCUCACGGAGCAUCUGAAUUCAACCACGGAAGUUCAACGCCACCAGCAGGAGAACCUAGUGGAGCUGGAGUGGCUGGAGCAUGCACAUCGAUCUAGGCUACCCAUGCUGCUCGGCCCCAUACCACUGCCCCACCCCAUGCCUCAGUUUCCCUACCUGUCAGACUGA